GAAAUCAAUAACGUUAGUAGAAAAAAAUUAUACGAAGUAGUUGUCAAAGAAAAUAUUUUGAAAAAUCGAAAUUCCCGAAAAGUUAUUUGAAAUGUUCAGCAGAACCUCCAGUUUUCUUCCAGUUCCUAAGGAAGAUUUUAACACUAUUAAGGAUUCUACCAAAUUCACUCGUGGUGAAAUUGAAUACCUUUACACUCGUUUUCGAACCCUGGGAGAACCAAAAGGACGAGUUAGCUUCCUUCUAAAAAGAGACUUUGAUUUUCCGUCACAUGCACUCCAUUCUCUUAUUUUAUCCGAAAUGUUUGGUAGCAAGAAUCAAAUAAAUUUUGUUGAAUUUGCAAAAUUCUUAUACAUUUUUCGAGCGUUCGAUUCGAAAACAUCGAAGGAAGAACAAACUGCAAUACAAACUAAAAAGUUAAAAUUACUUUUUUCUAUGUACGACGUUAACAAAGAUGGCAGCAUUUCGAAGCAAGACUUAUUGGAUAUUGUGCAUAGGCUUUAUUCAAAUUAUACAAACAUACAGACAAUGGUUAGAAUAGUGCAUAUUGUGAUGAAAGAAAUGGACAACUCAAAUACGAAUCAAAUUUUGUUUAAUGAUUUUUGUAAGGCGCUGGAAGUUUUUGAUAUGGACAAUUUGGUAGUUAAAUUUCCAACUUUGUAACAAUACCCGUGAAGUCUUAAUUUUUGAAAAUACAAUAUUAAACUGUA